AAUUGUGAAUAAUUGUUGUGAAUUUAGUGCAAAAUUUAGCAAUAAAAAUUUCGAUAAUAUUAAUUGCAGUGGAAUGACUGAAAUGGAAUUACGUGAAAUAUUGGGACCAGCUUAUAAUCCACGGUAUAUGAGUAUACAAGAGCCUCAAAAAGUGACAUCGAUCGAUGAGAAAACUGGUUUAAAACGUACUAUUGGUGAUUUCGCACCAAAUUUUUAUGUUGACGGAGAUUUUGGCACAAAUUUGGAUGAAAAUGAUGACGAUAUAGCAUUGUUACCUGCAUGGAGUACAAAAUAUAGUUUGGAAGAUGUUAUUGACUAUAAUCGAAGUCGAGAAAAACGGUCACCGAUGUCAGUUUCGAAACGAUUUAAAAAUAUUAUGGGAGAAUUGGACAUGAUCUCAAAUGGUGGGAGUAAGAAUAAUAAUAAUCAACGUGCCAGACCUUGGGAAUGUGAAUCACGAAUACGUUGGAUAGAUUUAGGACGUGAAUAUUUUCCACGUUAUUUACGUACUGUUGAAUGUUUAGCACAUGACUGUUGGUAUGGUCACUAUACUUGCAAACCACGUUCGUUUACUGUGAAAAUGUUAAGAAAGCGAGGAGGUUUAUGUGCACCAAUCAAAGAUGGGCAAGAUAAACGAAAAAUUGGACAAGAAGGUUUACCAAUGGAUCUUCGACAAUUAUGGGUGUGGGAGGAACGCGCUGUUACAUUUUGUUGUGAUUGUUCAGCUUAGAAGAGUAACUGUGAUAUUCUGUGGCCUAAUAUCUUGACUAUGAAGCCGAUGUUACCAGGUUUUAUUUGCAAUUUUAUAGUACUUGAAAUUUAAAAAGCUUCUUUCACAUUUUCACUUGGAAUUUUUUUAAUUUGCCAAAAAAGAUCAAAAUCAUAGUUGAAAUCAUGUUUCUAAAUCAUUUUGACCUAUACAUUAAAACAUUUACUUAUCGUUAGAUGCAGAACAGCACCUUCUGAGUAGCAAAUUUAUUAAUUCAAUUCCUAUUUAUUAAAAUAUAUUGGGAAUAUUAUUACAUAAAUAACGAAAUUAUAGUGUAUAAAAAUUCGCCCAAAAACUUGUGUAUUACUGAUUUGAAUUAAUUAAUUUCAUGGAUAACUGAUUUCCCGUUCACACUUCUGCCUUGGGACCGAUUCCAUUCGCUUCAUAUUAAAAAAGACAUAAGAAAAGACCUUAGCACCUACAAAUUUCUCUAAUGGGUUAGACUGAGAUCAAAGACUAUUAAUUUCAUUAUAUGACUAGACUUGUAGGUUCCUCGAUCAUAUUUUGGCCUCGGAGCCGAUUCCAUUCGAUUUGGCAUAAAGUACAUUAUAAGGCACCUUAAGAACAUAAAAUUUCUAUAAUGGGCUAGAAUAGGACUAAAAAAAUUCUUAAUUUUGUAAUCAUUUGUGAUUUGAUGGUUCCUUGACCACAUUUCAGCGUCGGGACCGGUUCCAUUCGUUUUCACUUAAAAAUAUACACCAGAAAAGACCUAAAGACCAACAAAUUUCUCCAAUGAGAUUUUAGUUACAGAUCUGAAAUUCAAUUAUACUGGAAAUUUGUGUCUUAAAUUCCGUAAAGCCUUUUAAGUACUUACUUGAGAAUGUGAAAGAGGAUAAA